AUGGAGGAUUCUCAACUAACAGAAAAUAAUACUGAUGAUAUGAUAAAUGAGCAAAAUGAGAAUACUACCGACUCAAACUCAAAGGGUGUAAAAAAACGCGUUGCUCAAACACCUCCCGAAAACGAUGCGAAGAAAGCGAAGCUAUCUCCCGAGCCUUCUGUGGUAGUUUUGAACGAUUCUCCGGAAAAGCAUGAUCCUAAGACACCAAGAACGCCAAAAACUCCGAGAACUCCGAAGGCAUCUAAAGAAGAUCGAGAGAGACAAAGAUUGGAAAAACUGGAGGAAAAAGAACGGCAACGAGUUGAGCGCGAGCGAAUCCUUGAAGAGAAACGUCGGGAAAAGGAGAAGUUGGCUGAGGAAAAGCGAUUAGAAAAAGAGAAGAAAGAAAAGGAACGACUGGAGCGAAAGCUUGAGGAGGAUAGAAAGAAGGAUGAAAAGCGGAAGGAAGCUGAAGAGAAAAAGAAGAAAGACGAAGAAGAAAAAAUGAAAAAGGAAGAGGAAAGAAAUAGAAAAAAGAAGGAAGAGGAGGAAAAACGAGAAGCCAAGAAGAAAGAAGAGGAAGAGAAAAAAGAAGCGAAAAGAAGAGAGGAGGAGGCUAUUGAAGAGAAGAAGCGACGCGAAUCAGCUCACUUCGUAAAGUAUUUCAGUAAAGUGGAAAAGAAAAAAGUUUCUGAACCACAAAAAUCCACUUCUGAUUGGUACUAUCCCUUCCAACAAAAAGAUGGUAUGACAAUGACCUCAAUUCUUCCUAGAGUUUCUCUUUCGUCCGAUUGCGAUCUUUUCGAGCAACAUGACGAGAUAACCACACUGGCAGCUUUUCUCAAAACAGCAACCAAGUUUGUUCCAGUCGACUGCAAACCUCCUAAAAUAAAAGCCAAACUAUUUCAAUUCCACGAAAACAAUCGCCCCCCUUACUAUGGAUCCUGGCGUAAGAAGCCAAUGACUAUCACUGGAUCAUGUCCACUGAAAGAAGAAGAAGGCAUUGAUUACGAUGUUGAUUCAGAUGACGAGUGGGAAGAUGAACCAUCCGACUGUGAAGAGAUUAAUUCUGAAGACGAUGCGGAAAAAGACGAGGACGACGAUGGUGAUGAAGACGAUGGAUUCUUCGUGCCACCUUGUUAUCUUUCGGAUGGCGAAGGUGACGAAGAGACCACGUCGGAUAAUGAAGAAUCUGGAAGUAAGAAAAAGGAGAAGAAGCCAAAAAGAAUCAAGAUUGAAUCUGACGAUGAAGAUAAGUCCAAUGACGCUGAACGGAAAGCACGUCUCGCUCAACGUGCUGAAGAAUGGGCAAAGGGAACAAAGAAACAGAUGAUGCUUAAACCAAGAGCAGUUGGUCCUGUUUUCAACACGGGCAUCGAUCAGCCACAGGAUUUUAUGCCUAUGUACGCACUUCACUUUUACUAA